ACUUUUUAAAAUACAUACAAAGUGUUCGUAUUAUUAACUAUGUCCAUUUUACACGAUGAUUUUACCAUUAUUUGAAUUUUGGAACUUAUAAGCUAAAACAUCAAUAAUAUUGCGAAUCUAAAAUCAAUAAGAACAUUAAAAACCAUCUAUUUAUCGAAAUAUCGUUAGUAGGUAUCGUAUUAUAUCGUUUUUUAUUCUUGCAUCCCUGAUUCGGAAACAGAUGAGAUUGACAGAUUAAAUGAGAAAUGAUUGAAAAGUCAGUUUGCGUUUGUGAUCACUGGAAUUUGUUGUGUAGUUGUUUAUUAAAAUUAGAUCAAGACUAGAUCGUCUGAGCGUGUGUUAAUUUCGCAAUUAAGUGCGCAAUGGAGAGAGAAGAUAAUGAUCGCCUAGUUUUAUUCAACGAACUAGCAAACUCGUUGAGGGAACGUGUAUUCUUCGCAGCCAGAGAUGGGAUGUCUCUGACUCUUUACGCUUUGCUGUAUGAAAAGAAAACUGAUGAAAUUGAUGACUUAUUAAACAAUGAUGUAUGCAGCGAUGGAGUUAAAUGCACACCCCUCAUCACGGCAGCUAGACAUGGGCGAGAGGGUGCAGUCAGAAUUUUAUUGGAGAAGUUCAGACCACCGGUCUGUUUAGAAACUGAAGGGACAGUUAAGUUUGAUGAAUAUGUAAUCGAGGGAGCGACGGCACUAUGGUGUGCCUCCGGGGCUGGUCACUUGGCUAUCGUGAAGCGUCUGGUCAAAGCCGGUGCGGACGUUAACCACGCGACCAGGACGGUCAGCACUCCACUCCGAGCGGCCUGCUUCGAAGGACGCCUGGACAUAGUCAAGUAUCUGGUCAGACACGGCGCCGACAUUCACAAGGCGAACAAAUACAACAACACUUGCCUGAUGAUCGCUGCCUACAAAGGUUAUUUGGAUGUGGUGCAGUUCUUAUUGGACAGCGGUGCGCGCGUCGACGACCGCGCCUUGUGCGGCGCGACCGCUCUGCAUUUCGCGGCCGAGUGUGGGCACGCCGCGGUCGUCUGUUCGCUUCUCGAUCACGGCGCCAAAAUGCUGACCAACGAGAACGGUAUGACGCCGCUGCAGUGUGCCGCCGAGCGCGCGCGGGCUUCGGUGGUCGAGAUCCUGGCGGCGAGGCCAGAAGUCACGCGGGCCGAAGCUAUCGAAGCUUACGAGCUUUUGGGCGCUUCCUUCGCCAACGACAAGGAAUAUUACUGUUUGAGGAUGGCUUACCAGUAUUUGCACCGAGCUAUGGCGAUGCGGUACGACCCGCGCUACGGCGAGAUGUUGAAGCGUCCCAGCACGCCGAUACCGGCGUACGAUAAUUGGAAGGAAACUACGACUUUAGAGGAGGUGGAGCGUCUCCAGGGCGACGCGCACGGGCUGCACAUGGAGGGGCUGACGGUGCGCGAGCGCGUGCUGGGCGCGGCGUGCCCGGACCUGCCGCACCCGAUCGUGUUCCGCGGCGCCGUGUUCGCGGACGAGGCGCGCUUCGACCGCUGCCUCGCGCUGUGGAGGCACGCGCUGCACCUGCGCCAGCAGAACCAGCAGGUGUCAGUCGUAAAGGAUUUGCUCAGAUUUGCUCAAGUAUUCUCGCAGAUGAUUCACAUCGGCAUCGAACUGCCACUUGCACAGGUGUGCUACGUAUUGGAGGCAUGCGCUGAGGAGCUCCGGCGGGGCAUGAAGCGUCUCCUGAAGCCGAAUCCUCAGCACGACCCGGACUCCUUAGUUAGUUUGGCUCGCACCGUCCUCUUGCAGGAGGAGUACGACAGCAACGUGAAGACCGCGCUGUACCUGGUCGCGGUGGCCGGCCGCCUGCUCGAGGACUCUGGGAACUGUGAGGGCACGCGCUCGGCGGCCCGGCGCGCCGUGUUCGCGAUGCGCGGCGCCCGCGUGCGCUCGGGGCAGACGCUGCUGCACCUGGCGGCCGACCGGAACACGCCCGUCGACGACUUCCACACCAGCGACGUGUGCCAGUUUCCGUGCGCGCGCACGUCCCGCCUGCUGCUGGACUGCGGCGCGGACGUGGACGCGGCCGACAUGAACCGGCGGACGCCGCUGCACGUCGCCCUCAUCUCCUACCAGCUCACGUCAGGUCGGUCCGAUGACAGAGAACAGUACAACGAAGCGUUCUGCGGCGUCGUGUGCGAACUGUUGUCCCGAGGAGCCCACGUGGACGCCAUGGACCUCGACGGCAUCACGCCAUUAGUCGCUUCCAUAGGAGGUCCGGCUGAGAGUCUGGUGCGUUCGGCCCUAAGGCCUCGUCUGUCCUGCAUAUCGGCUUCGGUGCUCGCCCUACACCGGGUGCGCUACCGACCCUCGCAGGUGCCGCGGGACCUGCACGCCUUCCUCAUCAUGCACGGCGUCCUGCCCGUCAAUUAAAAGACUUGAGAACUUGCACGGAGUUGCCAGCUUCGAUAGUAAAAUUUUCGAUGUUGCCAUAGAAAAAAUUUAAUUUGAAUAUUUUUUUUAUAACUAAAGUUUUAUUUUCAUUUGUAAAUAUGUAUAUAUAUACAAAUUAGUAUUGUGUUCAAGUUUUGUUUUAUUGUUUAUAUAUAUAUAUGAAUAUGUAACGCGUUGUGCGUGUCCGAAACGUGGCUCAAAUUAUUUUGGUUUAUUAUAUAAUUUUUGUAUUAUAAUAUAAGUAUUUGCUGUUAGAUUUCUUAUCUAAUAGAAGAAAUGUUACGCGUUAGAAAUAUAUCAAUAGAAAGUUAAUAAAUAAGCUCUGAAACUGUAUAUUUCAGAAUCGCAGUAUUUAUCGACUAAAUCGAUUUGUGAUUUCUAUAUAUCGAGGGUUGAAACAAUAUUUUGUUUAAGUGGCAUUUGUGCAAAUCUGCACGAGAGCCAUUUAAAGUAUCCAGUAUCAUAAUAAAAAAAAAAACUUCUUCAACUAUUUGAAUGAAGUAAACUGAAGUUCAAUAAAAAACAUCGACUUGUUGAUGCUAAUAUCAAAUUAAACACACCUUGAAUUACAAAGGUAUAUGUCGCGUAUUAAGCGUAUUACCGCUUAAAACAAAUAUCAUUUCACCCGUCGAUACAUAAUAGACUUACUGAUAAAUAAAAGUAUCAUUUGGUAUUAAGAGAACCUAUCUCAAUUGAAUCUCUGUGAUUGCUCGCUAUUUUGUGGUAAGAGAAUGAAUGCAAUAUCAAAUUUUGCGUCAAACCUCUGCUUUUUAUGAAAAGAUUAAAACUAUACUCUAAAAUAAAUUAAGUAUAUAAUUGUUUGACAAAUGGGUUUAGUAUUGUUUCAGUUGACCGAAAAGAAUGUCUGUCGUCUGCGUGAAGAGAUACUGUGUAGAUUGUAGCGUUGUCUUUUAGAAAACAUUGUAAUUAGCGCUCCUACAGUCCAGAGGCAAGAUCUUUUAUCGAAUCUCCUUGCGCAAUAUCAGACCUGUAAUCUUAGGAAGGUAUUGGUAAUUUGCACAGCGCGUUUAUCGCAAUAGAUGGCGACACUGAUGUCUCUCUAGCGCCCUCACAGAAAAAUACCCUCAAAAGGCGGUGUCUCCUUGCUAUCACAACGAAAGUGAACAAAGAAUCCACAGCUUAGUGCAUUCUGAUCUUGGAUUCAAUUGAGAGGUAUUAAAACAAAAAAAAAACGAUUUAUAAGGUUUUUUUUAACUGGUCACACUGAUUUUUCGCUCUUUAAGAUGGCAACACUCAACGUCGCGAUGGCCACGGUUGAUCUCUGUACGCAACGAACGCAGAGCGUCUGAUGCUUGAAUCUGAAAAUAAUUGAGAAAAAAAUAAAAAAUACUACAUACAAUGGUAUGUCAAUUAAAUUCUAGUAUUAGUAUUGACAGUUAUUUGCAUAAGUAGGUACGUGUCGAUUAUUAAAAAAUUGAAUUCAUUAUUUUUAUUCAAUACUAAAAGUGUCGAUAUAUUUAUUUAUAAAUAAGCAAAACCAUUAUCGAAUCGAUAAUAAUAUUAUUGUGAUAAUAAUAAAAAUGGUAUUUUUUCUUCUUUUUUUAAGCGCGUGAAGAUAUCUCCGUUUUAUUUUUGAUAAGUUGCCAAUAAAAAUGACAUUAUUUUCGCGGUUACAAAAUAUCGUUGUGGAAAUAAUCAAUAAUAUAAUCUAUAAUGACUUAUAAUAUUACAAUUUGAACGCACGAAUGUGAAAAAAAAACCAUUCUAAGUUCGUAGUAAGUAAGUAAAGAGUUCAUGCUAAGUUAAUGUACUUGUCGUUUUAGUGAGUUCCUAUUUAGAAACCAGGGCAGCUGGCUGACCCUCCAUUGCUCGCUCGAGACGGUAGAGAUUGCGUUCCAUUGCGGCUUACCAAUUAAACAUAUUUUGUGUCGAAAAUUGUUUUUGCUUCGAAAUUAAAAUCGAUUUUUUUUUAACAAAAACACGCAUUUCGUAUCUUCGUAGAACUCUAGAGCAAUAGUAUUGUCGUUAAUAAAAAACGGUGCGCGUGUAGCUUGGUGCACGUGAAUGAAGUGAAACUUCUUUUUCAAAGUGUAGUAUUGUGGCUUUCUUCAUUUUUCAUCCUUAAAUCAGUUUGUUCUUGUAAUAGGGAUUGCUGUGUAUAAGAGAUGCGACAUUAUCAACAUUUAUAUUAUAUAUAUUUUAAAUUAUAGACAGAAAAAUAAAUAAAUAUAUGUAUAUUAUACAUUUUUUAAAAUUAUCAAAAUUUUGGACGCUACUCGUUGCUAACGCUCCCGCUGGCCUGUAACAGGUAUACUACGCGCAUGCGUUCGAGUGCCACGCAUUCACUCUCGCUCUGUCUCUUUCUAUUCCAUGGUAGCGUUAACCGUUUAACGCAACCUUGUUGGAAGUCGCAUUAGAAGUUUCACUUCAAUUAAUUGACAAUAAAAAAAAGCGAGCUAGAUCCGUAAUGUUAGGUUUAAUUAUGUCCGACUCAUAACCGAAGGAAUUAUUAUAUAAGAGACAAGCUGGCCCGGUAAACGUUGGUUUAGCAUAUCAAUGAUUUUUAGGAAAGAUAAAUAACCUAGAUACCGACUGCAGCGCCAUCUGCCGGGCUGAAUUGUAAAUCUAAACUUUUCUCGAAUCCACCUGAAGGUGCCCAGAUGAAUUUCAUUAAAAUCGGUCCAACCGUUUAGAAGAAGUUCAGUGACAAACACGCACAGAAGAAAUAGAUAUAUAUAAAGAUGUAGAUUUACUUUUGUUAACAUCGCUGCGCCGGAUUCGUCUUUUAAAUUGACAUUAUCAAUGACAUUUGCUCACGGUAGCGUGAUCUCAUUUUACGUUAUAGUUGUCUUAGUACAAAUUAUACAGUUUUAGCUAUGGAAACAGUGGAAUGUUCGUUUUUUUUUUAUUAUAUAGCAGCCCGUUGUCUCAUUGUUUAUUGACAUCGUUAUUGCCAGGCUCAACUAAAUACCUGUAUCCGUUCGAGGGCGCGAACUCGUGAAUCCUAUUUAGCAUCUUGAUGUUAUGUUUUUGAUGUCCUUUGAUGCUAUAAUGUCUAGUCAAAUUUGUUCUUUUUGAAUGUUCCUUGUACUGUGUCCCGAUUUUUUCUUGUUUGUAUAUCUAUAUACUAUAUAUCUUGGGACGGGUAAAUAAGUUUUACGUAGCGUUUUUAUAUAGUGUUUUAUGAUUAAUUCACAAGGUGGUUUACCGAGCACUUGUAAUGUGCCGAUCUGAUUAGCAUUAUUAAAUUUACUUUUGCGGCUUCAUAUUAAUUAAUUGGGCUUUUUUUUUCCUACCUAUUCACUGGUAGUCUAAGGGGCUAUUACAGCUACGCGCGGACCAGUAGCUCACGGGCUCAAUCUGAUAGAAUUUGCUAACACUAGCCCUAGCAAGAGCAGUGAUUGGCAGAAUCUACCACCGGAUCGGAAUCGCGAGCUAUUGAGAAAAUCCGGCGUGAAACUCAUUGAGCUUGGGUUAUGAUCGCUAGCUACGAAAUCAUGAAAAAAUUUCAAAACGUACUGUGAACACGAGAUGACACCGUAAAAGUUAAUUUAAAAAUGCCAAAUCUAAAAAGCGGCUUGCUUUCAUUCGAUUACUGUGGUUAGUAAAAUAUGAAUGAAGUAUAAAAAUAAUAAUAGUAAGUUCAGUAUCAAUCACACCUCGUGAUGUCAUACGUGGCUAAUCGUGUAUUAGUGUAUGAUCUGUUGAAAGCUCGGCUCGAACAAUAUGGAUUUUUGUUCAGACGAGCUUCGUAAAGCUUAAGCCGAUAUUUAGAAAAAAGAAAAGAAAAAAAAAUCUCGUUCCCUAUUGUAUUUAAAAUAACGUAUUCGUCAUGAUGCGCUAUCGAUUUUAAUAUGAAAUGUUUGAAAAAUAUUCAUGUCGUUUGUAGAUCAAAUGAUGCCAAUACUCUUAACGUAAUUAUAUAAAAUAUCGAUAGAUUAUGAAUAAGAGUAGCAUCUCUACAGUAGACUUAGAGGCUUUGUAGUCAAAAAAAAAAAAUGCUUCUGUGAUUACUAUGUAAACAUAUUAGAUGUAUUGUAAUUGAAAAAAAAACUUGACUGUAACGAAUAAUAAAAAAGUUUUAAAUUA